UCGCGAAUGUGGCCACAGAUGCUUUUGAUACCCGAGACGGGCUGCUGAGCCAAGUGUAAUUUUAUCCGAUCCGCUCGAAUAACACGUUUACUGACCAGCAGGAAAACUCAACAACUUGAUAGUUGUACUUUCAAAACUGUUCGGAAACCCAAACGAUCCGGUGUUGGAGCUGAAAAUAUUUACUUUCAGUUUUCCCGAAAGGAAGUGCGUCUGUGAAUACGGCUAGAUGAGUUAUGAUGGAGAGCAGAGAUGAUGAAGAGGUAGCAAAUGGCCAUCACGUCCAGCCGUCUAACGCUGCUGAAAUCUCCUCCAGUUCAACACAUGGAAAUUCAAGCGAGAUCAUGGACGUGGAUGAAGAUGACAUCUUUAAACACUCCACCACGUUGACCAACAAGCAGCGUGGGAAUGAAGUAACAGUGCGGCCAGCAACAUUAGACUCCCUGUCUAUACAUCAGCUGGCAGCUCAGGGUGACGUUUUACAAGUGGCCGCACAUCUAAGUAAAGACGGUUCGGUGCUCAGCAGACAGGAUGAGCGAGGCUUUACGCCUCUGAUGUGGGCUGCUGCCUUUGGAGAAAAAGCAAUGGUGGACUUUCUAUUAGAAAAGGGUGCGGACCCCAAUACAAUUGCGAGGGAGCGAGAGAGCGCCCUGACUUUGGCCAGCUCUGGGGGUUAUGUGGACAUCGUUGAGUCUCUUCUCAAACAUGGAGUGGACAUUAACACCUACGACUGGAACGGUGGAACUCCUCUUUUAUAUGCUGUACGAGGGAACCACAUCAAAUGUGUAGAAGCCCUACUUGACAAAGGAGCAGAUAUGACCAUUGAGUCCGACUCUGGCUACAGUCCAAUGGCCUUAGCUGUUGCACUCGGACACAAAAAAAUUCAGAAAGUGUUGGAGGACCACAUUUUGAAACUCUACAAACCACCGACAUGACGGCAGUUACAACA